AUGGGCGCCAGUUUCAUCCAUGGCCCAGACGUUAACAACCCUGUUGUGAAACUGAACCACCAGUUCAACCUGCCCAUAGCUGACACGGACUAUACGGGGUGGCUUGCCGUCAGAGAAAAUGAUUCUGUACCUUACAAUGAAACCAGUGUAGAGGCAGCUGCUGUUAAAAUGAACACGGCUUUCAAAGCUGUGGAGCAUCUCUCAUCAGACUUGGAAAAAGACAUAUCCGUACACUCGGCUUUGAGACAAGUCAAUCAGUAUCAGCUGAUUGAGGAUCCUCUCUCACAAACAUUUCUGGCUGAGCAUGAGUUCUUCUUCGGAGAUACCGUAGAUACCCUGAGCACAAAAUAUCUGUAUGACGGAUACUUGGAGAGCUUACUCGGAAAUCGUCGUGCCAUUUCCGUGUUGAAGGAUCGUCCAGAACUCUCCGACGGAAGCUCCUCUACAUAUCCUCCUGGACCAGGAAGUCACGGUGUGGAUGUUCAAGAAGACAAGCGCGUGGUCAUCAAAUGUAGGAACGGCCAGAAUUACGAGGCGGAUGCUGUUAUCGUGACGUUACCACUGGGGGUUUUGAAAACGAAUGACGUCAAAUUCACGCCAGGUUUAUCCACCAAAAAGAAGGGGGCAAUAAAGAGAGUUGGAUUUGGCACUGUAAAUAAGCUUGUGUUAGAGUUCAAUCAACAGUUUUGGCCGAAUGACACACAUCACAUAACUGUGGCGAAGCGAGAUAAUGCUGAGCGAGGGAAGUUUUCCAUUUUGUCGAGUUUCCAACCAAUUGUGCACAAGCCCGUGAUAGUGACUUAUGCUGUCAGCCAGAUUGGAGAAGAGAGCGAGACGCUGAGUGAUGCCGAGCUUAAAGACAUAGCUCUGAGUCGUCUGCGCACGGCUUUUGGUACGUCCAUAGACAAUGCAACAAUUGUCAAUCUAUCUCGAACGAACUGGAAGAAUGACCGGUUUUCCAGAGGCUCGUAUUCAUUCCCAGCUUUAGGAAUAAAGGCGGGAGACUGGGAAGCUCUCGGAGAGGCUGAACCACCGCUGUUCUUUGCUGGUGAACACACGCAAGCCAAGCAAUAUGGAACCGUCUUGUCUGCCAUAGAGACCGGAAGGAGAGCGGCAGCAGCAGUGGAAACUUACUUAAAAUCAGACAUUGCCGCGUCAGUGAACGUGUCAUACAUUCUUAUACCUGCCGUCAACCAAGAUGGACGUUUCGGGCUGGGACUGAUAUAA